UGCUGUUACACGCUAUUUAGAGAAUCUAAACGGAGUCGUUCCUCUUGACUCGCUUUGAUUUUCUCAGUAGUUGAUUUGGGCUCUGUUUUCAGUUUAAGCUCUCCGUUUCUACACUGUACGUCUCUCCGAUUCAAUACGCUGUUGUGUUUCUGAAGAAAGAGGAGCCACAGGGCUUUGGAUCCUAUGAGGUUUGCUUUUCGAUUUUGAUAGGAAAAACAAAAAGUAAGGAAGAAAUCAUGACACAGCUUUUGGAAAUCCUGCCCAAGGAACUCAAAUUUAUUUUUGAAGUGAAGAAGCAAAGCUCUUGCUCGAUACAGCUUACCAAUAACACCUACCACAAUGUUGCUUUCAAGGUUAAAACAACUUCACCUAAGAAGUACUGUGUGAGACCAAAUGUUGGCAUUGUCGAUCCAAAAUCAACUUUUGAAUUCAUUGUCACAAUGCAAGCUCAAAAGGUGGCUCCUCAUGAUAUGGUGUGCAAAGACAAGUUCUUAAUCCUAAGCACAAUUGUUCCUAUUGGAGCAACUGAGAAGGACAUCACACCUAGCAUGUUUGCUAAAGAUAAUGGCAACCAUGUCGAAGAGGUCAAGAUGAGAGUGGCUUUCAUCAGCCCACCUGAAUCACCCGUACUAUCACCAAUUAAUGGAGUGCUUAAGCAGGGGCCUUUUUUUGAACCUUCUGUGCUGAACGAUCAUGUGCAGAAUAGAGAUGAAAUUCUCACUCCACCACAAACGCAUCAGAUUGCCAAGAGUUCAGAAUUCAAAAUGACCAAUGGCCAUGAAUUCAAUACAGCUAAUGAUGUAGAGUUGAAGCCAAACAAGGAUGGGAUUCAUGAUCAAGAGCUAAAGCCAAAGAAGGAUGGUAUUCAUGAUCAAGAGUUGAAGCCGAACAAGGAUGGGAUUCAUCAAGAGUCUGAGCUGUCAAAUGAGAAGGUUUGGCUACCAAAUAUAGAUGUUGUCGUUGAGAAGGAGUUGAAGCUGGAACAGGACGAAGAGUUGAAGCAAGACAAGGAUGCCAGUAGCAUUGAGCACUCUAAGCUAGCGGAUGAUAUGGAGUCCCCUUCUCUGAAGAAUGAGGAAGUCAUAACAGUGAAUGCUGUGCAGGAGCUGAAGUUGGCCCGUGAUAUUGAGGAGAUGAAGUCAAAAUUGCAUGUACUUGAAUUAAAGCUAAACGAGGCCGAGGCUACUAUUUCGAAGUUAACAGAGGAGAAGAGACAAGGCAAUCAAGAACAGAAAAUCUUGCUAGAAGAACUAGAUGUAUUGAGAAGCCGGACAAGCGUAAAAAGAGUGUACGUGGGAUUCCCGCUUCUAUUUGUUCUUAUGACUGCGUUCAUCAGUAUCAUGCUUGGAUACCUUUUACGCCGUUGAAUACUUAGCCAUUAGAGAUACCUUGUCCAGGUUUGUUCAUAGCUAGAACUUAUAAAGGAUGGAAGACAAGCAUUCACGCUAUAAAUGCUGCAAGGAAAUACCAGGGGACUAGUUAUGUGUGUCCAAGUUUUCUUGCUCCUUGUGCCCUCUUUCGGGGGGAUGCCUUCAGGAUGUCUGUUUGUUGCCUUUACGCACAAAACGAGCAACAAUCGAGCGUAGAAGAGAUACCUUUUAUGGAUGCCUAAUAAAAACACAAUAAAAGACAUUAUUACUGUGUGUAACCA